UAGAGAAAGAUAAAGGAGUGUUGUAGUUCAUCAUCAUCAUCCUCUUCCAAUAAUUUAGUGAAGUUAUGAGUUCUAAGGCUUUCCUUUUCCUUGCUCUUAUAGCUGCAUUUGUUCUUCUCAUCACUUCGGAGGUGGCUGCCACUCGAAGUUCCUUGGAAAAUAACAAUGGUGAGGCGGGUAAAGAAACAACUGGGGUAGAUGAUGGUAAAUAUGGUGGCGGAUAUGGAGACCAUGGCAGACACGGUGGUUACGGAAGAGGACCCGGAGGGAGGCGGGGUGGUUACGGUGGAUACCGUGGACGUGGAGGGUAUGGUGGACGAUGUGCUUUUGGUUGUUGUCGUUCUGAUUAUUACGGAAGAGGUUGCCGACGGUGCUGCUCUUAUCCGGGUCAGGCGGUCGAUGCUGAAACUCGACCCUAGUCCGUCCCUCUCACAACCAAAAUGCAUGAAUGACGUUUAGCUUAUGAGAAAACUAGCUAUUUAGUUUCCGAAGAAGUAUUUAAUGAAUAAAAAUCAUGACUUGUUUAUCUAUGACUUAAAUAUUGAGUUGAUGUGGUACAAUGUAUUUAGAAAUCGAAUAUUUCAAUUAACCA